UACUAGAACUGGGAAGGCCAAUCGCUGGUAGGCUCUUGCUCACUUCCUUUGAUGGUGAAUUUCAGAGUGGGGAAACCAACGGUAAAACCAUCACGCCAAUCACCAUGUCCUCUCCUUCCGAUUCUCAGGGUCCAGAAGAGGCUCUCAUCACCCAAAACCCUAACAUGCCCGCUGAACAACAUCCACAAUCUCAAGCUCAAGCUCUCUCCCCUAAAACCCUAACCCUAGAAAUCGCCGAUCCCCAAAACCCUGAACCAACUGAACAGCCACACCCUCAACACCAGCAAAUCUCUAUCGAAGAUGAUCAAGAUGACCCAGAAGGUACGUCUCCUUCUUCUUCAUCAAUUUCCGUUUCACACAUCACCAUCACCAUCCCCGACUCAUCUACCCCUCAAAAUCCUCCUCUCACCACGCCCACCAAUGCUCGCCGUUCACUCAAGCGCAAGAAGGGAGCUCAGCACAAGCGACGUACUGCUCUUGAAAAAUUUCAGCAGCAGAAACUUGGUGCACUUAUUAAAACCCUAAAUCCGAUCCCCUUUGUGCCUAAUAAAACCCUAGAUUUUUCCAAGCACGAGUCGCUGCUUAAUCGUCUUGGGUUGUGGGAAUUUGUUCAUAUUGAGUUUGAUCAGACCAUUCGCACAGAUCUUCUUGCGCAGUUGAUUGCAAAUUAUACGCAGAGUGCGAGAGGCAGUGUUGUUAAUGGGGUUAAGAUUAAGGUCAAUAGGGCUGAUCUUGCUCGGGCGAUGAAGUUGCCGGUGAAGAAGGAGAAGGUCAGUGCAUCGUCGGAGGGUGUCUUGGAGGCUCCGGCGGCAGAGGAGGCGAUUGGGUUUAUUGAGGAUUUGGUCUCAAAUUGGGUGCUUUUACACGAGGAUACGUGGAUGAUGCCAACGGAGGUUUUGACUUGGACGCGGGUGAUUAAGGAGGGGCACCCGGAGAAGGUAGAUUGGGCGGGGUUGAUAUGGUUUAUGGUGGAGAAGGAGUUGCAUGCAGAAGAAUUGGUGAAUUGUUACUAUGCUUCACAUUUGCAGUGUUUGAUAAGAGCACAAAAGGAGGAGCUUUUGAGGACAGAGGCUAAGGAUGAGGUUGAAGUGAAGGAGGAAGAGGAUGGUGGUGAUGUGGAGAUGGGUGAGGAGGGUGAUUUUCCAGAUCGUGAAGCAGAUGAUGAAGAUGUGAAGAUGGAUGAAGAUGUGAAGUUGGAUGAAGAGGUGAAGAUGGAUGAAAAUGUGAAAAUGGAUGAAGAUGUGAAGAUGGAUAAAGAUGUGAAGGUGGAUGAGUAUGUGAAGUUGGGUGAGGAUGUGCAGGUGGAUGAAGAUGUGAAGGUGGAUGAAGAUGUGAAGGUGGGUGAGGAUGUGAAGGUGGAUGAAGAUGUGAAGGUGGAUGAAGAUGUGAAGGUGGAUGAAGAUUUGAAGACUGUGGGCUUGGAUGAUAUUCAAGGACAUGAAUUGGAGGAACAUAAUAUUGAAUUACGUUUGGGUCAAGAUGGUGUUGGGAAGGAAAAGGUAAAGGAUGAGGACAAUAUGGAUUUUGAAGAGUGCAAGGAGCAAGAACCUGGGCAGUGGUUCUUGGACGGGAAGAAUGAUGAUAAUGAACCAUAUUUGCGUCAUUGUACUCUUGAUGACCUUAAGGGUUCAGUUUGUGAUGAGGAAAGGAAACACGAAGUAGAUGAAGAAGAAGGAGAAGGAGAAGAGGAAGAAGAGCAGGAUCGUGGUUUUAAUCUUUCACCAAAAUGUGACAAUUUAGCUGGUCUACCCUCGGAGAACCUUAUUCACACAAUGGAAGCAUCACAAGUUCCUUUUAAUUCAUCAAUGCAGCUUCGUGAUCAUUCUUCCAUGGAGCUUCUCUCAUCAAGGGCUGAAGCAAAUAUGAUUCCAGGGGGUCCAUCCAUUUUCAGUAACUCUAGCAAGAGAGAUAUCAGCCAUGAACAUGAUAUUUCUCAUCAAUCUCUAAAUAGUAGUCAUAAGAGGUUGAGGAGUGACUUUGACAUGUGUAUGGAGCAAAUAGAGCAUUGGAUGGGAAAGGCCAAGAUGCUUCAUCAGGCAAAAGAACAAGCUUUUGCUGAAUCAAGUAUGAAUCAGCAAUUCUUAAUGGGUGAGCUGCAACAGCGAGACCACCUGAUUGAACUUUUGCAGAAAGCCAAGUUUGAGGAGUUUCAGAAAAGAGAAGUGGAAACAUACCGGCGGGAUCGUGAACUUUUUGUGAUGGGAAAUCUCUUAGAGAGCUAUAGGAAGGCUUUAAGAGAAACACAGCGGGCAUUUUCUGAAUAUAGAGCACACUGUCCACUGCCUGAUGAGCCACUUUACAGUGAUGUUGGUGAGACAGGGGGUGUUGUUCUGAGCACCAUGGAAUUGGAAAAACAACAUCGGAGGCAGGAAGAAGAAUAUAGGAUGAACUGUUUGCUGGUGGAACAAAAGAUUAAGGACUUUGAGGUUGUGUGGUUCAACAAAUUGGAAUUGCAUCUGAAUGUGGUUCAUAUGCUUGAUAGCAGGUUGAUGGAUGCUGAGAAGAAUGUAAAACUUCUCAAGGAAUCAUAUGCUAAACGGAAGGUUUCAGAAACAUCAGAACCUGCUCCAAAAGAAUGAUAAAUCGUCUAAAAGGUUUUUCCUUUUGGAAGUUAUCAAAAUGUCAGUGAAGGACAAAUCAUAAUUGUUAGCAUUAGUAUUUUAUGAAUCAGCCAUUCACCCCUUCUGUGCUGCCAAGCUUUCAAGUUAAUGGCCUUUUGGGCCUGCUGACCUCGCAGGGUUUUGGAGUGGUCGAUGAUAAUCAUGUCACAGCAAUUUGUGUUCCGAAUGGAAGAUGGAUGAGCAUACUUGCCACUCAGUUGAUCAUUGCUACUAGCAGAUUAAAUAUGUUGUAUAGACCUCGAUGUAGAAUUCUGUCUUGGAUGACCGACUUUAAUCUUAAAAAGGUUAUUUCUUAUAUAUUUUGUAUGUGCUUCUUCAUCCUGCA